AACAGAUCUAUCGUGAGAUACGUAGCUACCGGUAUGUAGGUGUGCCGAUAAUUGACAUUGGUAUCAAAGUAGAGCAACUGUUCACCUAAUAGUCUGUUUUUGAGGAUGCGUCGCUUGACUAAGCGGCAGCCUUUAGAGGUUGUCAAGGAGCUAGAUGCUUUCCCGAAGAUACCGGAGAGCUAUGUGGAAACAUCAUCAAGUGGUGGCGGAGUAUCUAUAUUCAUCUUUGCGUGCAUAGCCAUCCUGGUCGUAGCUGAAAUCUAUCAGUACCGCUCAUCAGAGCUACGCUACCAGUACAGUGUAGAUUCCGACAUGAACAGUAAAUUGCAAAUUAAUGCAGACAUCACAGUGGCAAUGCAAUGUGAUUAUAUCGGUGCGGAUGUGUUAGACGUGGCUGGUAGUUCCAUACCGCUAGGCACUGAUCUGCUACUAACGCCGUCAUACUUUGAAUUGAGCAAAGCGCAGAAAAAGUGGCGAAAGCACAUUCUGGAACUGAAGGGCGUGAAGAUGAAUUAUCAAUCACUAAACACUCUGGUCACAGAUAGCCCCAAACGGCUCAACUUGCCUGAUAAUCCUGUGGAAGAUGAUAGACAACCUGAUGCCUGUAGAAUUCAUGGUAGUUUCCAUGUCAAUAAGGUCGAAGGGAAUUUCCACGUUACUGUUGGAAAGUCCAUCCCACAUAUGCGUGGGCACACCCAUCUAAGUGCCUUCAUUGAUUCAAAAGACUACAACUUUUCGCAUCGCAUCGACAAGUUAUCGUUUGGCCCGGAAGUUCCCGGGUUGAUAAACCCUCUCGAUGCGGAAUAUCAGACCACCGAGGCCAAUUAUUUUAUCUAUCAAUACUUUAUUCAGAUUGUGCCAACGGAAUUUGCAACGCGUCAGCAGAAGUUGAACACGAAUCAGUUCUCAUUCACAAACCAGAAACGUGAACUGAACCAUGUUACUGGUAGUCAUGGCGUGCCAGGUAUAUUUUUCAAGUAUGACCUAUCACCAGUUAAAGUACACAUAAGGGAAGUUGAACACCCGAUUGUUGGCCUAUUUGUGAAGCUGUGUGGCAUCAUUGGUGGCAUUUUUGCCACGUCAGGAAUUCUCCAUGGCCUAGUGUCAUUUUUGUUCUCGUGUUUCCACUCAAAAUCUGAAUCAUCAAUGUCAGAGGAAGAUCAGCUCAAGGCCAAAGCCGAGAGGCUCGCAGCUGAAGCCGAUGGAAAUUAGCGUUGCGUAUGAGCUUUACGCUCUUAAAGACCCUGCUCCCUUCCGUUCCUUGACCUUGCUGGUCAGUGGAGCUUAAUGUGAAGCUAACAGUUGCUUCUCAUAUGGAUGUACUAAUACUGUAAUACUUCUUGAAGUAGGUGCUUCGCUAGUGCUUUCCUGUCACUGGCACAAGACAGUGUUCACUUCAAAAACAUACACAAGCUACCCAGGAACUAACUUAAAAUUCCCCCUCUCUCUCUUUUGUUUUAAAUAAAUGAAUUCUUCGGGGCAUGGUAAUCUGCUGGCGGAUCACCGUGUCCUGUAGUGAGUCAUGUAUCAUAACUGCUGGCCAGUUUGAUUUCCUGUUUUUGUUUCUGCUUGUGUCGCAUUACUUGACCUUGCCUGCCCCACCCCUGUACAGUUGUUGUCCAUGGCCGUGUGUAUAUACCUCCUUGUCAGGCCUUCAUAGUGUGGAUAAUCGAUUGCCCGUCCGUCCAAGUGAAGUUGUGUAAUUUUAGCUGACUGUCGUCGCUUUCCAGCCGCAUGCUUUCAUCUAGCUUUCCUGUUCAUUUCUCGUGUCCCGGAUUUUGCUAUUAAUUAUUUCCUCGUCGUUUUCUCCCGGCUUGUAUAUAUGCAGCAGCAAGACUACAGCUUCUACAACCAUGUACGUCAUGUAGUUCAGUGCACCUUAUGAUGUGUCAGUGACGUAACCCAUCUUGAUUUUCAAACUCCACGUUUUGAUCUAUAGGUGCAUUAACGGUUACCAUGGUUAUGGCCAUGUACUUGCAAGAGGACAUGGUGUACUCGA